CUCCCUCCCUCUUCAUCCUCGCGCGUCUUCAAUCAGCUUGGGCUCCUUCCUCAGAUGAGGGCGAGCGCAGGCUCCAGCCGCGCGCCACAUCGAGAGAGAGGGAGAGAGAGAGAGGCAGGCGGAGAGAGAGAGGGACCCGCUCCUAACUCGCUCGCUCGCUCACUCACUCUCGGGGCUUGACCCGAUGCGAGGGAUGUUGGCGAAGCGCGCGGAGGCUCGGCUCCUCGGCUCCGGUUCUUGCUGCCGCCGCCGCUGCUGCUGCCGUGGGAAGAACGGGAUGUGAACUCCCUGCCAAAGCAUGACUAGGAUUGCGUCGCUUGCCAUUCUUUUGCAGCUCUUGCGGACCACCGGGGGACAAGGCUUCGCAGGCGGUUGUUCGUUUGAUGAACACUACAGUAACUGCGGUUAUAGUGUGGCACUGGGGACCAAUGGAUUUACUUGGGAACAGAUUAAUACCUGGGAGAAACCGACAAUGGAUCCAGCUGUUCCAACUGGGUCCUUCAUGAUGGUGAAUAGUUCUGGGAGAGCAUCUGGUCAAAAAGCUCACUUGCUUUUACCAACACUGAAGGAAAAUGAUACCCACUGCAUUGAUUUCCACUACUACCUGUCCAGCCGAGAUCGUUCCAGCCCAGGAUCCUUGAACGUUUUUGUGAAAGUUAAUGGUGGGCCUCAAGGCAACCCUAUCUGGAAUGUCUCUGGAAUUGUUACAGAAGGCUGGGUGAAAGCAGAACUGGCAAUCAGCACAUUCUGGCCACACUUUUAUCAGGUGAUAUUUGAAGCAGUUUCAUUGAAAGGGCAUCCUGGGUACAUAGCUGUGGAUGAAGUCAGAGUACUUGCCCAUCCUUGCAGAAAAGCUCCUCACUUCCUGCGGCUUCAAAAUGUGGAGGUUAAUGUUGGACAGAAUGCAACAUUUCAAUGUAUUGCUGGAGGAAAGUGGUCUCAACACGACAAACUGUGGCUACAGCAAUGGAAUGGCAGAGACACAGCUUUAAUGGUCACCAGAGUAGUGAACCACAGACGUUUUUCUGCAACUGUCAGUGUAGCUGACACUUCCCAAAGGAGCAUCAGUAAAUAUCGAUGUGUCAUCCGCUCAGAUGGUGGAUCAGGAGUUUCAAACUAUGCAGAAUUAAUAGUGAAAGAACCUCCCACUCCUAUUGCACCCCCUGAACUUCUAGCAGUUGGAGCCACAUAUCUGUGGAUCAAACCAAAUGCCAACUCUAUUAUUGGUGAUGGGCCUAUUAUCCUGAAAGAGGUGGAAUAUCGUACAACCAAUGGGAACUGGGCUGAAACCCACAUUGUUGAUUCACCCAAUUACAAGUUAUGGCAUUUGGACCCAGAUGUGGAAUAUGAGAUCAGAGUGCUUCUUACUCGUCCUGGAGAAGGAGGAACCGGACCUCCUGGGCCUCCACUCACAACAAGAACAAAAUGUGCAGAUCCAGUGCAUGGCCCACAGAAUGUGGAAGUUGUUGACAUCCGAUCCCGGCAGCUGACUUUACAGUGGGAGCCCUUUGGUUAUGCUGUGACUCGUUGCCACAGCUAUAAUUUGACUGUCCACUACCAGUAUGUAUUUAACCAGCAGAAGUAUGAAGCAGAGGAACUAAUUCAGACAUCAUCACACUACACCUUGCGAGGACUACGACCCUUCAUGACCAUUCGACUAAGAUUGGCUCUUUCAAAUCCAGAGGGCAAGAUAGAGAGUGAAGAGCUAGUAGUGCAAACCGAAGAAGAUGUUCCUGGAUCUGUCCCCCUUGAGUCCAUUCAAGGAGGGCCCUUUGAAGAGAAGAUUUAUGUUCAGUGGAAGCCACCAAAUGAAACAAAUGGAAUAAUUACACUCUACGAGAUUACAUACAAGGCUGUUGGAUCCCUUGAUCCCACCGCUGAUCUGUCAAACCAGAGAGGAAAAGUCUUCAAACUAAGAAAUGAAACUCACCAUCUGUUUGUAGGAUUAUACCCAGGAACAACCUACUCGUUCACCAUCAAAGCCAGCACAGUGAAGGGGUUUGGACCUCCCAUCACCACACGGAUUGCAACUAAAAUUGCAGCACCAUCAAUGCCUGAAUAUGAUGCAGAUUCCCCCUUGAAUGAAACAGAGACCACCAUCACAGUCAUGCUGAAGCCUGCACAGUCUCGUGGAGCACCUGUAAGUGUUUACCAACUUGUUGUGAAAGAAGAAAGACCACAGAAGUCACGAAGAGCUGCAGACAUUAUUGAAUGUUUCUCUGUCCCCGUGAGCUUCAGAAAUGCUUCAAGUCUUGACUCUCCUCAUUACUUUGCUGCUGAGUUGAAACCAAUCAACCUUCCUAUCACACAGCCCUUCACAGUGGGAGACAACAGAACAUACAAUGGCUAUUGGAAUGCUCCACUUUCACCAUUGAAAAGCUACAGCAUUUACUUUCAGGCUCUUAGUAAAGCAAAUGGGGAGACCAAAAUCAACUGUGUCCGAUUGGCCACAAAAGCAGUAAUAAGUAGGCAACAGGUGACCACCCGAAAUCCACCCAGCCUCAUGAGCACAGGAGCUUCUACACAGAACUCCAAUGCAGUAGAACCAGAAAAGCAAGUUGACAAUACAGUGAAAAUGGCAGGAGUUAUAGCUGGUCUUCUGAUGUUUGUUAUUAUCCUUUUGGGCGCAAUGCUUACCAUCAAGAGGAGGAGCGGUGCAGUAGAUCCAAGUCAUAAGGGAAACUCAUCGUUUGGUGGAUCCCAGCAUUACCAUGAUUAUGUGCACAGAAGAAAUGCAUAUUCCUACUCCUAUUACUUUAAGCAGAAGAAUCUUUCAAAAAUAUUUUAUUCAAGGAAACUAGCAAAGAAGCAAAAAGAAACCCAAAGCAGCAGUCAAAGAGAAAUGGGACCAGUGGCUGCUUCUGACAAGACUUCUACAAAGCUCGGUGCUGUUCAUAAUGAAGAAACUUUCACGUCAAGCUGUCAAGAUGUUAAUGGCUUCACACCAUCCUCUCCUUGUUCAUUUUCUAUCCAAAGCAAAACCCUUCAGAGCAAAUCUUUGUUGAAUUCCUACUAUUCAGUAUCAUCAGACACUGUUCCAUCGACCACACUGUUAGACAAUAGCCAUGGGGAGAUGACUCAGCCGACAUUGACUAUCCAGACUCAUCCCUAUCGAAGCUGUGACCCAGUGGAAAUGUCCUAUCCCAGGGGACAGUUCCAGCCAGCAAUCCGAGUAGCUGACUUGUUGCAGCACAUCACUCAGAUGAAACGGGGACAGGGCUAUGGAUUUAAAGAGGAGUAUGAGGCUCUACCCGAGGGGCAGACAGCAUCUUGGGAUACAGCCAAAGAAGAUGAAAACCGCAAUAAGAAUAGAUAUGGCAACAUCAUCUCCUAUGAUCACUCCAGGGUGAGGCUCCAGUUGCUGGAUGGAGAUCCCCAUUCAGACUACAUAAAUGCCAAUUAUAUAGAUGGAUAUCAUCGGCCUCACCAUUACAUUGCAACACAAGGACCCAUGCAAGAGACAGUGAAGGAUUUUUGGAGGAUGAUCUGGCAGGAGAACUCAGCAAGUGUCGUCAUGGUCACCAACCUGGUAGAAGUAGGCAGGGUGAAGUGUGUCAGAUACUGGCCUGAUGAUACCGAAGUCUAUGGUGAUAUCAAAGUCACCUUAAUUGAGACAGAACCAUUGGCAGAGUAUGUCAUACGCACUUUUACAGUCCAAAAGAAAGGCUAUCAUGAAAUCCGAGAGAUUCGGCAGUUCCACUUCACCAGCUGGCCAGAUCAUGGGGUUCCUUGUUAUGCCACAGGCCUCUUAGGUUUUGUUCGACAAGUGAAGUUUCUGAAUCCACCGGAGGCAGGACCUAUUGUUGUUCACUGCAGUGCUGGUGCUGGGAGGACAGGGUGCUUUAUUGCCAUUGACAUCAUGUUGGACAUGGCAGAGAAUGAAGGUGUGGUGGACAUAUUUAACUGUGUGAGGGAACUGCGGUCCCAGAGGGUCAACUUGGUGCAGACAGAGGAGCAAUACGUAUUUGUUCAUGAUGCUAUUCUGGAAGCAUGUCUUUGUGGCAACACAGCCAUCCCUGUUUGUGAAUUCAGGUCCAUCUAUUACAACAUCAGCAGACUCGAUCCACAGACAAAUUCCAGCCAAAUAAAAGAUGAAUUUCAGACACUUAAUAUAGUUACACCUCGAGUACGACCAGAAGAUUGCAGCAUUGGGCUCUUGCCAAGAAACCAUGACAAGAACCGCUGUAUGGAUGUACUCCCUUUGGAUCGGUGCCUCCCCUUCCUUAUCUCCGUUGAUGGAGAAUCAAGCAACUACAUUAAUGCUGCACUCAUGGAUAGCCACAAGCAACCAGCUGCCUUUAUAGUUACCCAGCACCCACUACCAAACACUGUAGCAGAUUUCUGGAGGCUGGUGUUUGAUUAUAACUGUUCCUCUAUUGUGAUGCUGAAUGAAAUGGAUGCUGCACAACUCUGUAUGCAGUACUGGCCAGAAAAGACAUCCUGCUGUUAUGGGCCAAUCCAAGUGGAAUUUGUUUCUGCUGACAUAGAUGAAGAUAUUAUCAAUAGAAUAUUUCGGAUCUGCAACAUGGCAAGGCCACAGGAUGGCUACCGUAUUGUUCAGCAUUUGCAAUAUAUUGGUUGGCCAGCAUAUAGAGAUGUACCUCCUUCCAAGCGCUCACUUUUGAAAGUGGUUAGGAGGUUGGAGAAAUGGCAGGAGCAGUAUGAUGGACGAGACGGACGGACAGUGGUCCAUUGCCUGAAUGGUGGUGGUCGCAGUGGCACCUUCUGUGCUAUAUGUAGUGUAUGUGAAAUGAUCCAGCAGCAAAACAUUAUUGAUGUGUUUCACAUAGUGAAAACCUUGAGGAACAACAAGUCCAACAUGGUGGAGACACUGGAACAAUAUAAAUUUGUAUAUGAGGUUGCACUGGAAUACUUGAGUUCAUUUUAACCGUCAAGGGCAUGGAGCUUGAAUUCCAAAAGCCUUGAUGUUUGAAGGACACCAGUCCUCUCCCCCUCAAAAGAGUAAAGGGAUGAAGAGUGUAAAGUUCUUCACUGUUUAGUGAGAGACCAGGUCAGAUCUCAGUGCCAUUGGGAGGAAGAAGGAUCUACUGAUGUCUGCUUUCCAGAACAUCUCUUGUUUUUUAAAACGAUCUACUGUAUGAAUUGGCAAAGCAAGAGGCAGGCUGGAAGAUUCUGCUUUCUAAUACCUUCUGACUGAUUCUCUGCCACUUUGGAUGUGUAUUUUUGUUUUUACUUGAGACAAAUGGGAAUGGGGAAAAAUACUUGGAUAAUCCUUUGUCUUCAGCUCUGCUUUCUGUUUUUUUCUGGGGUUUUUUUUGCUACAAAUCCUCACUUUAUGUUUUUAAUUUCAUUUAUCAGCCAUUUGGUAAAGGAAGAAAGCUUCAGUAGACACAUAUUAAGGCUUUCAGCACAGUAAGCCUUUGUGAUCAGCUUCUCUAAUGAAAAGGCCACCGUCAUGAAGCUGUACAUUCCUGUCUGCUGCCAUUGUCUCAGAAGCAGAGCACAGAGCUAAGAGGUUGCUGGUUAAUUUUCUGCCUUGGUUGUUACACAGUGCUAGUAGAUUUCCAAUGUUCUGCAUGGAUUGGUUACAUCUUAAUAGUUCAUAUCAGCUGCAGCUUUUCUGAAGCAGUGCUGUAAAAUU